UCUCAGUUUACCUAUCAAUUCUCAGUUUAGUUACACCGUAUCAGUAUCAAUGUGCUAGAUGUUAGGAGCUUUUAAGAAGUUAGUUGUAGCACAAAAUUCUCCCACACUUAAGUCACCUUCUCCAAAAUCAGUAGGAAAUGGCGCAAAUAUUCAGACGAUGGGGCCAAGUUUGCAGCAGAAAUAUUCUCGUGGAGUCCAUUAUAAUAUGAAAAUUUUGGUUAAAGGGGAUAGAAAUGUUGGCAAAUCUUGUUUAUAUUAUAGAUUGCAAGGAAAAAACUUUAUUGAACAAUAUACACCUACUUCAGAAAUUCAAAUUGUAAAUAUCAAUUGGAAUUACAAAAAUACUGAAAAUAUAGUCAAGGUUGAAAUAUGGGAUGUUGUUGAUAAGGGUAAAAAAUUAAAUGCCACGUUUAAUCAUACCCAGAAAUGUAGUUUAAAAUUACAAAAUGAUAAUAUACCUGACAAAUUAUUAAAUGGUGAGGCAACACUAGAUGCAGAAUUAAUUGAUGUAUACAAGGGAGCACAAGGUGUUAUUAUAAUGCUGGAUAUUACUAGAAAAUGGACACUAAAUUACAUGAAAAAUGAAUUAGACAAAAUUCCAUUUGCUAUCCCAAUCUUGAUUCUUGCCAACAAAAAAGAUUUACAGCAUAAAAGAGCAAUUGAUUUUGAAGAAAUAACAUCCUAUAUCAGGGAGAGACAAAAUGUUUCAUCUCACCUUGCAUCUACUCACAUUAAGGUUAUAGAAAGCUCAAUGAAAAAUAACUUUGGACUAAAAUAUAUACACAAAUUUUUCAACCUGCCAUUUCUUGAAUUACAGAGAGAUACCCUCUUGAGACAAUUGGCAACAAAUUCUGAAAAUAUCCAGAUUAUAUUGGAAGAGUUAAAAUUUCAUGCCCAAUCUUAUGAACAAAAUUACGACACGUACAUUGACAGAAUUAAAGGUUCAAAAAAUAUAAGCUAUACAAAUGACACUAAAGACGCUAAUGAAAUUAAUUCAAUGGAAAUCUCCAGCCAAAAUAAUCACAAUAUUCUUAUAGAUAAAGAUAACCAUGCCAAUAAUGUUAAUAAAAUAAGCUUUGCUUCCGUAUUGCAGGAUCCAACGCUAGCUGCCUCAUCCUCAAUCUCUCCUGAUUCGCCUAAAGUUCAAUCGAAAGCCAUUAAAACCCAACUUUUAUCAACUGACCAAGUGAGAACAUCUUUGAUUGAUGAAAAAGUUAAUUCCAAUCCUAGCCAAGAUACCCAUAACAUUAAAUCCAUCAAUUCCUAUACUUCGAACCCUCUUGAUAAUUUUAUUCCAGCCGAAAAUAUAGAUUAUUCCUUUUUUGAAUCUGAUAAUCUUCAAAUCAAUGAUCAUAAAGCAUCUCAUAAAAUUCGCAUUGACGAUGACUUUGCCACCGAUGACGAUACUGAUAAUAUAUCACUCGAUCCUAACCCCAUGGUCAUGAUCUAUCAAGAGGACUUAGAUGAUUAAAAUAGUAUUAAAAUUUAAAAAAAGAUGUCCGAUGAAUAUCAAAAAUACUUAAUUUUUUUGGAAAAUUAGUUAAAGGGAAUCAUUUGAUUUGUAUGUCAUAAAAUGUAUUUAUAUAUAAUUUAUAAAUAGAAUUAUAAAUUAAUAUUAUUUUAUAUAAAUUUUAUACCUAUUUAUACAAUAUAC